AGUUUAUUGUAUAAAUUUAGUCAAACUUGAGAUGAUUUGACCCUCUAAGAAAAUUGGAAUGACUUACAAUUUGGAACGGAACGGAGGGAGUAAUAUGUUUAGUUUCUUCUUUGUUCAUUCUUCAUGUUCCACGAUGCAAAAUUACUUGCUCCACAUUGCAGCCUAAGUAGUUUUUCAAAUAAGUAAAAGAAAGAUACACAAAUCCAAGCAAAAGACGAUGAUCAAACAUGAAGUACAAGGCUGUGUACUCACAUCUCUAAUAAACUAAGCUUUUUGUUGUAGGUGGUCAGUGGUUUCUACUUUCUAGUAUGUUUGGUUAACUAACAACAGAGUUUCGGGUAAUGAGUUUGUGGGCGAUUAUGUUGUACUAAAAAAAAGUAUUGGUGGCCACUUAAAAGAAAGAUACUAUUUGGUACUUAUAUUGUAGGUCACUUGUAAAAAACUGUAGGAAAAGAUGAGAACUCUUGUAGUGUAUAUGAUCAUAUUCCAUAAGAUUAUAUCCUGAUUGAGUACCUAUCCAGAAUUCCAUAUAAAUGCUUUUGCCUAGAAUAUAAUAUACAUUUGAUGCCCUAGCUGGAAUUGCUAGGUUUUGGCCUAUGUCCCACCUAUAUCUAAUUAAUCUGUACCACUUCAUCAAUAUUCAUGAAGCUAAUUAAGCUUAAUUAGCUAGUAAGCGUACUUAGAAAACAAAAGGUACACACCCAGUAGAAUCUCACUAGUUUAAAGGCAGUAGUGUUCUUCUACUAUCUUUUAUUUAACACAGUGUAGCAGCUAGGCAGCAUAACCCAUGUAGCUCUUUGCAUGCCUUUGGUAAAAAUAGCAUUGCAUCUAUAUCUAUGUAGCUAAUUGGUCACGACUCCUAAUUACUAGGCCCCAUUGUUUAACAAUUGUAAUUAAGGAGUAGUUAAGGAGAGCUAUAGAGGAGAGAAGAAGAAAGAGAUGGAGUCAGGGGACAUGGAACUGCAGAGAGAUGGCAAGAGCCGGUCCUACAUUAUUAGAUAAGCACAGAGGCAUAUUCUAAGCCAUGCUUAUGUUGGGUUUGCCAUCAUAUUCAACUGCACUUGUUAAUCCCUGCUAAUGAUCAAAUCAAGCUCACAAAUCUAUUAUAAAAAGGCGCCAUUUUUUUUCUAUGUCCCCUCGCGUAUCAUCCGUUGAUUACUAUUGUUUUCUCCCUGGCCCCCACAAACCUCCUACACACACACUCUCUCUCUCUCUCCUCUGUCUGCCUACGUGUAUAAAUGCCCCGUUCCUUCCCUCCCAAGUGAGAAGAAGAAGCACUCAGCAAGAGCUUUCAAGAAGCUUGUAGCUGCACUUGCUUGGUCACAGCCUCACAGAGAGAAGCAUAGAGGAUUCACAUAGAGCUAGCAAGAAAUUGAAGUGGUAGAGUGAGAGGCAUGGGGGUGAUGAUGGACGAGGCAGAGCCAAUGAAGAAGACGAUGAUAAGAGUGAGGGAGUUCGACGUGGCGAGGGACCUUCGCGCCGUGGAGGAGCUCGAGCUCCGGUGCCAGGUUGGCCUGUCCGGCGACCAAAGCUCUGACGACCCUGCCGCCGACCAUGACGGCGGCGCAGAGAGGAAGAAGAGGAGCGGCAAGAAGAAGAAGAGAGGCAUGUCGCUCUACGUCGAGCAGAUCGGCGACCCGUUUGCCCGGGUGCGCCAUGCGCCGGACCACGUCAUGCUGGUCGCCGAGUACGGGGAUGAAGAAGAGGUCGUCGGGGUGAUCAAGGCGUGCACCAGGAUGGUCAGCCGAGGGAAGAAGACGACGCAAAGCUUCAGCAGCUCAUCAAAGCAGUUCGUCAAGGUGGCAUGCCUUCUUGGGCUCAGGGUGUCCCCCUCGCACAGGCGCCUCGGGAUCGCGACGGAGCUGGUCCGGCGCGCCGAGUCGUGGUGCGCAGCUCGCGGCGCGGCGUACGCCACCAUGGCCACCACCGAGUCCAACGCGGCGUCGCUCGCUCUCUUCGCCGGCCGCUUCGCGUACGCGCCUUUCCGGCGGCCGGUGUUCCUCGGCCACCCCGUGCACCGGCACCGGGCGCGUGUCCCGCGCGCGCACCGCGUCCUCCGCCUGCCCCCGCCACUCGCCGCUGCCGCCUACGCCGCGCUGCUCCCGCCCCACGCCGCCGAGUUCCUCCCCGCCGACCUCCCCGCGCUGCUCGCCCACAAGCUCACCCUCGGCACCUACCUCGCCAUCGAGCGCGGCGGCGGCCCCGAGGAUGCGGCGCGCCCGCCGUCGUUCGCGCUGGUCAGCGUCUGGGACGCCACGCGCUCCCUCCGCCUCCGCGUCGGCGGCGCGCCGGCGCUCCUCCGCGCGUCGCUGGCGGCAGCGCGCGCCCUCGACAGCCACGCACCGUGGCUGCGGGUGCCCUCCGUGCCCGACAUCUUCCGGCCGUUCGGCACCUACCUCCUCUACGGCCUCCGCAUGUCCGGGCCGGAGGGUCCGGCGCUCCUCCGCUCGCUCUGCCGCCACGCUCACAACGUCGCCCGCAAGAACCCAGCGUGCGCCGUCCUGGCCGCCGACCUCGGGCCCGAGGACCCGGCCGCCGCCGUCGUGCCGCACUGGGCCAAGUUCUCCUGCGACGAGGACGUCUGGUGCAUCAAGAAGCUCGGCGCCGCUACCGGCGGCAAUGCCGCCGGCGACGAGGACGAGGAUGACUGGACGACGUCACCGCCGCCCGGAGUCCUGUUUGUGGAUCCACGGGAGUUCUGAACGUUGGCGCAAUGUACAAGUUUUGAUUUUUUUUUUAUGAUUGUGUAGAUAUACAUCAUACAUACGUGGACAUGAUGCUGCAAGUCGAUGCAAAAAUGCAGUGCAUUUUGCAGAUUAUGUACCUCCCAAGUACAAUUUAGGGUAGCAACAGACCUUAUCAGCUUUUGGCUCUGAAAGUCUGUACUUCUGAAGAGCGAUGGUUGGUCAUUUUCAAGUGAAAUGGCCAUCCAUCUCUCAAAGAUGCGUAGAAAUGUCAGAAGAAUAUGCUUCA